GCGUGGUCAUGGCGGAGACAGGGCGGCGCUAAUGGCUCCUUCAAAAAGUCGCAGGGGAGGCGAGCGUUCCAUGCCGACCUGACCGAGUGGGCUGUCAGAGCUGGGAGCCCUGGAAGUGCCACAGUUCGGUCUCCUCCGCGAGGUCUGCGCCCUUGUAAGCCCAGCAAGCCCGCGGCAAGCCAACGGGAAAGCCAGGCCCGAGAAGUAGAGGCUCCGAACUGGGGAGAAGCCAUACCCCCACUCUCUGAUUGGCUCCAGGACUGGGCCCGCCCCUUUCAGUCGGAAGAUCGCAAAGCUCUUACUGGUCCUGGGGUGUGUGCGCAUUCUCACUGGUUGUCCUCAGGCGUUGGGUGGGGCCACGCCCGAACGAAGACAACAAAGGCCGGCGGGCGGCAGUCUGUCAGCGGUGCUCGCGUCUGCGGACUCUGCCGAUCCCAGGUGCCCGGUUCUCGCUCCAGACGCGCUCCAGAUGAAGUGUGAGCACUGUACGCGGAAGGAAUGUAGUAAAAAAACAAAAACUGAUGACCAAGAGAAUGUGUCAGUUGAUGUGCCAAGCCCCAUCCAGAAGAAUGGAGAGAAGGAAGAAUUCUAUAAGUUGGCAGAUGCGAAGAUAUUUCUGAGUGACUGCCUGGCAUGUGAGAGCUGUGUAACUAUGGAGGAAGGGGUCCAGCUUUCCCAGCAGAGUGCCAAGGAUUUCGUUCGUGUCCUGAAUCUUAAUAAGGAAUGUGAUGCCUCAAAGCAUAGAGUGCUGGUUGUAUCUGUGUGUCCUCAGUCUCUGCCUUAUUUUGCUGCUAAAUUCAACCUCAGUGUCACUGAUGCAUCCAGAAGGCUCUGUGGCUUCCUUAAAAGUCUAGGGGUACACUAUGUGUUUGACACAACAAUAGCUGCUGACUUCAGCAUUCUGGAGAGUCAGAAGGAGUUUGUGCGUCGAUAUCAUCAGCACAGUGAGGAGCAGCACACACUCCCUAUGCUGACCUCUGCGUGUCCUGGCUGGGUUCGAUAUGCUGAGCGAGUGCUGGGCCACCCUGUCACCACACACUUAUGUACUACCAAGUCCCCCCAGCAAGUCAUGGGCUCCUUGGUGAAGGAUUACUUUGCCAGACAGCAGAACCUGCCACCAGAGAAGGUUUUCCAUGUCAUUGUGGCUCCUUGCUAUGACAAGAAGCUGGAGGCUCUUCGAGAAGGAUUCUGUACUGCCAUGAAUGGUGCCAGGGGCACUGACUGUGUGCUAACAUCAGGAGAAAUUGCUCAGAUAAUGGAGCAGAGUGACCUCUCAAUAAAAGACACUGCUGUGGACACUUUGUUUGGUGAUCUGAAGGAGACAGCAAUACAGCGCCAUGAUGGACUGAGCUCAGAUGGGCACCUUGCCCACGUCUUUAGACAUGCAGCGAAGGAACUGUUUGGCGAGCAUGUGGAAGAGAUCACCUACCGUGCAUUGAGAAACAAAGACUUCCAUGAAGUCACCCUUGAGAAGAAUGGGAAGGUCUUACUGCACUUUGCUGCUGCAUAUGGCUUCCGGAACAUCCAGAACAUGAUCUUGAAGCUCAAGAAGGGCAAGUUCCCAUAUCACUUUGUGGAGGUCCUCGCAUGUCCCAGAGGAUGCUUAAAUGGCAGAGGCCAAGCACAGACAGAAGAUGGCCACACAGACCGGGUGCUGCUACAGCAAAUGGAAGGCAUCUAUUCUGAGAUCCCUGUGCGGCCCCCAGAGAGCAGUGCACAUUUGCAGGAGUUGUACCAGGAGUGGCUGGAAGGUACCGAAUCCUCCAAAGUCCAGGAUGUGCUGCACACCACAUACCAGAGCCCAGAGCCCAGCAAAGACAACCUGGACAUCAAGUGGUGACAAAGCCAGGACAGGAGUGGGGAGCACUCCUGAGGGCAGUGUAUUGGGCACUUCAAGAAACAGUGGGGUCAUUCUGCUUUUGAGAGUUCUCUGCUGACACACAGUUGCAUGUGGUGCUAUCUUUGUAGUGUGUUCAGGAGUGGAAUGUUUUCACAUAGGAGAAGCACUUCUCCAGCCAGAGUAUCCUUUCAUCCCAAGAUUGUGAGAAAAAUCCCAAAGAGCAAGAAUGGAGAUAGACUACUGUCUUUAGAUUAAAAAAAAAAAAAAAAUCCAAAUGAGUCUUGGAAGAGCUAAGAUCCCUGAAUUGUAAUUCACAUGCCACACAUCAUUGCUGCAGAAAUGGAGGCAGGGCCAGGCUGCUGUGCUGUGGACACCUGCUAGCCAAUACAUAGGCCCGGCUUCCCUCCCAUUUGUCUUAUUUUUAUUCAUAUACAAUCUUGAAAAUAAUAAAUUUUGAUAGUCUGUGUUACAA